AUGCUCGAUGUUGAAUUUUACAUACCAACAGGAGAGGACAUGGCAAAGGUUCACGCGAAAUUUAUUUCUUCGUUGAAAGAAACAGGAGCUGACUCUGUCUUACCUCCCGUACUCCCCAAAGUCAUUUCGCUGGCAAAUGCCAGUUCCCACGAUCUUUCCCAAGCAAGAGAUCUUGUCGACGAAGCAAUCAAGCAACAGGGCGAGUACAACCUUUGGCGCGUUGCUAAUCCUCGACAGGGCAAUGAAAGGAAUCCCACUGCAGCCCAGAGUCGAAGGGACACUGGAAGCCCACCAUCUCCGCCGCGGCUCACAUCUGAGCUCCUCAAAGCUUUGAAGCUCACCAAUGACGUCGAUACGCAGGACCUCCGCAAGAAUGGUACCUUGCAGCGAUACCAAAACGAGGCCAAGAUUCGAAUCCAAGAUCUGCGCCCUCCCGUGGGAAGCUCAGCUGGAUCCGCUUCCCUGAGAAGGGCCGAUCGCUGGGAUGGUAGUGACUGGAUGGCAGAUCAAGAUCACAGCCUCUCUCAGCAGCCAUUCCAUUCUAAAGACAGCUACAAGGUCUGGCGUAACGUCAAAGACUACGGCGCUGUCGGGGAUGGAGUCACUGAUGACACGGACGCCAUACAGAAGGCAAUAUCCGAUGGUAACCGCUGUGGCAAAGGCUGUCCUGAGUCAUCUGUCAGCGGAGCAAUAGUUUAUUUUCCCAGUGGUGUCUAUCGUGUUGACCGCUCAAUUGUGCUGUAUUACAACACGCAGAUUGUCGGCAGCGUAAAAGGCACAAUUGCUACGAUUCAAUCGGCUAGGAACUUUAUUGGGCUUGGUGUCUUCACGACAGAUGUCUACCUUCCCGAUGGCCAUUCUGAAUGGUAUCUCAACACAAGCAAUUUCUAUCGGAGUAUUCGGGGACUGCAAAUCGAUGUCCGCUUGACCAGGCAGAAGGGCAUGGUAGGUAUUCAUUGGCAAGUGGCGCAAGCGACCACCAUCGAAGAAACCAGCGUGAUGAUGUCGAAUGCUUCCUCGACGACUCAAAUUGGCAUUUUUGCGGAAAAUGGCAGUGGAGGUUGGAUGGGAGACAUUACGAUUAGCAACGGCGAAUACGGUAUCCUGGCUGGAAGUCAGCAGUAUUCGGCGUCCCGAAUCAAUAUUAUCGGUUCCCAAAAAUGUAUCGGUCUAAUAUGGAACUGGGUCUGGUCGUGGUCGCAUCUUCGCCUAGAAGGUUGUAAAGUCGGUAUUGACCUCACUGCGGCCGGCUCUGAUUCGAAAUCUCCUGUUGGCUCGCUUUCCGUCGUCGAUUCCGCCAUUAUAAACUGCAAUACUGCCAUCAAAACAUACCCCUUUACCUUAACACAGGGGAAGGAGCAAGGUUCAACUAUUAUCACAUUAAGUCACUCCCAGAUUUACAAAUCCGCCACAUUCAUCGGAUUUCCAAAUGGGGCUUCAAUCUCAAAAAAUGUCGACGACUGGAAAAUUGAUUACUGGCAAUUCGGCAAUGAUUUUAAGCAAGGAGGCGUUGCCCACGGAGAAUCAAUGCCCGCUGAAAAUCGGCCAGCAAGCCUCUUGGAUAGCAAUGGCAAUUGGUUCAGUACCGGAAAGCCUGUUUUUUACAAUCGCAGCAAAGACCAGGUCGUCAAUGCAAGACUUCAUGCUGCAGGCGAUGGCAAAACAGAUGACACGGUCGCUCUUCAAUCCCUGUUCCAAUAUGCCGCGGAGAACAAUCUUUUGCUCUAUAUUCCAGCCGGCGUCUACAUAAUUUCAAGCCCCUUACUUAUCCCGUCCAAUACUCGCAUCCGAGGCGAGGUCUGGUCUCAAUUUAUGGCUGUAGGCGACAAAUUCUCCGACGCUAAGCAUCCCAGGCCCAUGCUCACAGUCGGCCAAGGAGAGAAAAAUGGCUUGGUACAGAUGGAGAACUUGUUGUUUACAUCCCGAGGAUCGUUGCCCGGCUUAGCCUUAGUGCAAUGGAAUCUCCAAUCGACUAAGCAGGGUGAUGUAGGCAUGUGGGAUUGUCAUUUCCGAGUGGGUGGCGCCACUGGUACCGAUCUGCGCAAGGCGGAUUGUCCCAAGCUCUCUGGCAACGUGAACAGUAAAUGCAUUGCAGGUGCCAUCAUGCUUUUGAAAACGGAGAAGGGUAGCGGAUAUUUUGAGAACAUGUGGGCGUGGGUAGCCGAUCAUGAUCUCGACGACCCUGCGAGUGACGAUUCAAACCAAAUCAAUGUUUACUUUGGCAGAGGCAUUCUAAUUUGGGGCGAUGGGCCGACAUGGUGGCGUGGCACCGCGUCGGAGCACAGCGUCAUGUACCAGUAUAACAUUGUCGGCGCCUCUAACGUGUAUAUGAGUAUUAUUCAAACAGAGUCCCCUUACUUUCAAGGAACUUCGUUCUUGCAGGCCCCAGCUCCGUUUGCCGUGGACAACUGGAUUGGGGAGCCUUCUUUUGAUACAUGCGGUAGUGCAACUACAAACUGCAACGUCGCUUGGGCUCUUAUUGUUCAAAAUUCCGACGGCGUCUACAUUGACGGCACGGGCCUUUACUCUUGGUUCCAAAACUACAGUCAGGACUGUGUGGGGAAGAAGAAUUGCCAGCAGCGCCUUGUCAAUGUUUACAACUCCGCCAAUGUCUUCAUCUCACAUCUUGUCACCGUUGGGUCUGUUGAAGUGGUGACGCCUGGGAUCAGCAACCAGUACAACCGCAUCAUCUAUGCGGAGGACACGCUCGAAGCUACUGUUUACCCCUGGUGGACUGCGAUUGCUAGUUAUCUUGACAGCAACGACAAGAUAAAUGUUACAAACAAGCCUUAUCCCAUCAGAGAGGGUUGGGUGUCGUUUGGCGAUUCGUACGCUGCGGGUAUUGGCGCUGGCACUCCAUGGGACGAUACGAAAGGAUGCUACCGUGGAACCGGCAGCUACCCCGCGAUCUUGGACUACCUAGUUCGAGCAGUGCAUCAAGGGAGACCCCAAUGGCAGAAUUUCGCAUGUAGUGGAGAGACUGCUGAUCAGUUCCACAAAGGAGAAGGCGCUUCGCAGCUUCAGGACUGGAUACCUAUGACUUCAGAUAUUGCCACGGUCUCUUUUACAGGCAAUGACUUUGGGUUCGCGGACAUUGUCAGCCAUUGUCUCAUGGGAUAUCCUAGAGGGUCUUACAAAGAACAAUGUGACACGGACAUCGCGCACACCAAAAUAAAAUUGAACACCGACGGCAAGGUGGAAGGCCUUGUUCACGACAUCCUGGAUGAUAUCUUCAAAAAGAAAGACGGCCAUGGCCGCCUCAUGGUCUACUGGACUGGGUAUCCGGAAUUCUUUGACGCUUCUGAAAGCACCUGCGAUGCCUCCUAUUUUUCCAACUUGCUCAUCUGGAGCGGUCGAUACUUGACAAAAGAGCUGCGGCUCCAGCUGAACGACUUCUCCAGAAGCCUGAAUCAGCAGGUUGAGUUCGCCAUCCGCCGUUACACUCAAUUCGAUCCCUCUCUAAGGGUUAAAUUCGUCGACAUUGAUACCGGUAGCAGGAUUUACACGGGGCACCGUUUCUGUGAGCCGGGCGUCAAAGAAACGCUCGAUACGGAGGCUGGUCAGAACACGGUCGCCUUCUUCUAUCCCAAUGGCUGGGACGACGUUCCGAAUGAAGUUGGCUUUUCUAUGCCACCAGCGAAAAACAAAAACGCGCCGGGCGGUUGGUCCAUCUCCGUGCAGAGUUCAACGUGCAGCGAUAGCGAGGACCCCGACGAGCCCCUCGGACCCAUGCUUUGCUCCGCUGCAAAGGACAUUGCCAACGGCACCCUAACGAUCAACGACCUUACAAAUGCAGGAGGCCAAGGUGGUAGCUCGGUAGUGAAGAAUUCGGACGGAUCUGUGACAAUUACUGAUUAUUCGGUUGCCUAUAUGAAAAUGUUUCAUCCUAAAACGCGGGCCAACUGGCACAUUGCGCAGGCUAUCCACGGCGCUAUGACUCUCAACCUCAAUUGA